AUUCUCGCACAUCCCCUUCGCUACAAUGAGCGUCAGCGUCAGCGGAAUCUCGCAGUCGGUGCUAGGCACCCUAUGGACCAAUCUAUCAGACAUCCUCAGUCCAGUGCCUGUGAAUCUAGUGUUAAAAUACACAGACGACAAGCUGUUAACCAACCUCGGGCCAGGCAGGUGUGAAAGUGGCACAGGUAUCAGCUUGGCUCCCGUUAGGAAGCCAGUACCCAGCGGACACAAACCUCGUCCGAAAUGAGGUUGUCCGUUGCCUCGUGGACGCUAGUUGCCCAAGAGCGAACGCCGUUCUCCAACGUCGUGAACUUCCUGUCAGGAGGAUCGGCUGGUUGAACAGUCCCAAGAACUCAGAAUAGAAUCAAGCAGUGCAAGGAAUCACCCGAGACUGGCGUUCGCGACCGAGAUGACAAGUAUAGAUGAACGAGUCGCAUCGUUGGC